AUGGGUCUUCUCGAGCGCAGGAGGGCGAUCGAGGAUGAGAUCGCCAGAACGCAAAAGAACAAAAAGACAGAGUACCACAUUGGUCGCCUAAAAGGGCAACUGGCGCGCAUCAAGACCGAGAUGAUGGAGAAUGCCGCUCGCGCGGCCAGCGCGAGAGGCGGGGACGGCUUCGACGUUCGCAAGAGCGGGGAUGUGCGCUGCGCGCUGGUCGGCUUUCCGUCCGUCGGCAAGUCGUCGUUCCUUUCUCGCGUCACGCAGACAGAGAGUGAGGCAGCCGGUUACGAAUUCACCACAUUGACGUGUAUUCCAGGAAAGUUGAUGCACAAGGGGACAGAAAUUCAAAUUCUCGAUUUGCCCGGUAUUAUCGAAGGUGCGGCCGAGGGUAAGGGACGCGGUCGUCAGGUCAUCGCGACGGCGCGCACUGCUGACAUGAUCAUUCUCAUUCUGGACGCCACCAAGGCCGAGCCGCAGCGCUUCAAGAUCGAGAGCGAACUCGAGUCCGUUGGUAUCCGCCUGAAUCAGUGCUUCCCUAACGUCACCUUCAAGAAGAAGGCAUCGUGUAGCAUGAACGUCGUGAGCUACAGCUCCACAGUGCCUCAAACAAAGGGUCUCUCAGAGCAGAUGGUGAAGGAGGUGCUGAAGGACUAUGGCAUUUUUAACGCUGACGUGGCGCUGCGCGAAGACAUCACUGUCGACCAGUUUAUCGACGUGAUCGAAGGUAACCGCAAGUACAUGCCGUGCCUCUACGUGUACAAUAAGAUCGACAUGAUCACUAUGGAGGAGAUGGACCGCCUGAGCCGCCUGCCGCACUCCGUUGUGCUGUCUCUGCUCUGGGAUCUCAACGUCGACGAGGUGAUCGAUGAGGUGUGGGAGCAUCUCAACAUCAUUCGCAUUUACACAAAGAAACAUGGCGAGCACCCUGACUUUGGCAAACCAUUUGUCGUGAAGCGCGACGCAAGUGUGGAGCACAUUUGCAAGCGUAUUCACAAGGACAUUGCAUCGCGCUUCAAGUACGCCCUUGUGUGGGGCACGAGCGCCAAGCACCAGCCACAGCGCGUCGGCAUUGCACACGAGCUAGAGGAUGAGGACGUCCUCCAAAUCAUGCUAAGAACGGCCAAUGAGUAG